GACAGGUCACAGAGCGCCACAUUAUGCAGUUUACCUCUGCAUACAUCAACUGCUGCCGCACCAACGACCUAUUUGGGUCACAGCUAUCCUAUCGCAGGCAGCAACGACUUUUCUGGUCACUCCUAUCUAAAAACUCCCAACUCAGGCUCUUCGGGUCAACAAGAGCCAUAUCAGGUUGGUUGCCCGCUAGUUACUCAUAGAAGUAAUCCACAACCGUAUGUACAUAUUCCGAUAAAGUCAAACCGGCCUCAACAUCAUUCUAUUGCUACUGGUCAGCCAUCUUUCUACCUUCGCCACGAUGGCCCUUCCUGUGUAUACAGCCCCAAACUUUCUAAAACCACCUAUUCUACAUCCGAAUUCCCUGUGACUGGUUCCAUAAUGCCAUCUGAAACGCAGAGGUCAGUUUCAUUUGAAGGGGAUCUGCCUCCUCCGGUGCAAGCCAUCUCCACGAGCAACCAAAGUGGAAUCUGGAAGAGCAGAGCUAACGGUGACUUUUCUGGCCGCCUGAUUGAAGGCUACUUAGAUGCCGAUGCUAGCCAGGAUACUGACGUCGACAGAUCGGCUUGCACUGAGUUGAGUCAGGUUUCUCAGUCGUUCUCACGGAGAUCGCAGGCAUAUUCUUUGAUGACAGAUUAUGAAAAUGGGGCUAAUAUUGAUGCAAGUAGGACGCUUGUAGCCACGUCAUUGGCAAUUGCCAAGCAACCACAGAAGUUACGCCACCGUAAACGAGCGGAGACAACAGCGAUGGCUUCAGAAUUAUCAUCCUCAACAGCUUUGACAUUAGCGCAAUCGCCAUUCCUGCUAGAAGAACGCGAUAAGACCGCUGUUGAAGAGGAAGCCUUAGGAGGUAUUUGCCGAUCAAUUGAGUACCGCCGUUCCACUGAGCCGGCAGUCUCGUCUCUGGAAUUUGGUGAGUUCUCGUACUCGUAA